GUCGUCGUCGUCGUCGUCGUCGUCGUCGGCGGCUAGCUGGCCCGACUUUGCCUAAAGGACUUUUUGCGCAAGGUGGAAAGGCGGCGAGGUCGUUAGCGGGGCCGUGAGCCCCAAAUGAUCGGAAGUCAUUUACGGUGCUUCCCGCCGCGUCACCUCGAGCCCGUCGAGCCCGACGAGCAACGAAGAAGCGUAGCCGGCGAUCGCCGCCGGCCCCACUCAGCCUCAGCCAAAAGCCAAAGAGUUAGAGAAGCGCGGGAGCGCCCGCGAGUUUGGGGCGGAGCUGGUGCGGCGACCAGUGUGAAGGCCGGUGCGCCGAUGCGGCGCCGAUCGACAGCACCAGGUCCAGCCGCAGGCCGCGUUUAUGGCCCAGGUCCUGCUGCAGCCCGGCGGAAGCUUCCGUGAGAUGCCGUCGGACGCGGAGUCGGAGGAGGCCGCGGCCCACGCACGAGGCAGAGCGGCCUCCGAGGAUGGCAGCCUCGGGGACAAAUCCAGGGACGCGGUCCCGAUCCGGCCACCGAGCCCCUCACCCAGCAGGACGAUCGCCGCCCGCGGGACCCUCGCCUCCUGGCACGAGCACGUUUACGCGACGCCACCCCGGACGCCUACGCCACACCGCAUCAGCGACAUCCUCGGCUGGGGCAGCGGCUGGGCCAGCUGGGGAACGAGGCCCCAGGGCAAGCUCCUGGCGCCGACGCCCCGCCGAUUCAGCGCCGGCAGUCCGCUGGUGAGGGCGCCCCUGCCCAUCUACUCGCCCCUACCGGCGCAUUCGCCUGCCUCCGUUCACACGGGUAGCUUGACGUCGCCGCCGUGCACCCCGAGCCCGGCCUCCCCGAUGAUGUCGCCGGCCUCGGCCGCGAGCUACUCCAGCACCCAGGCUUCGGUCGGCUUCCAGGCGCUGGCCAAUCACGAGGAGUCCGACGAGCGGCCCCUCAACCUGACUACGGGCCCGCGUCGUGCCUGCAGCCCCUCGGGCUCCCCGAGCUCAUCUGGCGCCUCCUUCCUCUACGCCCGAAGCGCGAGCCCCGCGCAUCAGGGUACGACUUUCCGCGAGCCCCAGGCCGAGCCCUUCCUCUUCGGGCUGCACCACCACCAUCACCACCAUCAUCAUCAUCAGCCGUUCGCACACAACGGCGGAGGCGGCCAGCCCACGUCCGAGCUCCUCGUCGCCCAACCUGGAGCCAAGGUCGCGCUCAGGUCGCCCGGCAAAGCGCCGUCCACCCUCGCCUCCCGCAAUACUCCUGCACCGAGCAAUAAUUCUGUUGCAGAGAGCGGCCUCGGCCUCGGCGGUACCAAGCCCUCCUCCGGCGGCAAGCGCAAGAGGUCCGAGGCGGCCACGAAGGAGGCCCUGCCCGUGGGCCUCAAGCUCGCCUCGGAGACGAGGCCCUCGCCGGCCGACGUAGCCGAGGACGCGGACUCGGCCGAACGUAAGAAGAAGAAGGCCCGCACCACCUUCACGGGACGACAGAUCUUCGAGCUCGAGAAGCAGUUCGAGGUUAAGAAGUACCUGAGCUCCUCCGAGCGCGCGGACAUGGCCAAACUCCUCAACGUCACCGAGACGCAGGUGAAGAUCUGGUUCCAGAAUCGGCGCACCAAGUGGAAGAAGCAGGACAACAUAAGUAACGCUGAGGCGGCCGAGCACAAGAACCAGAACAAUCCCAAGUCCGGGGCUCAGGGGAGACUCGGUUCGAAGCAGCCGUCCAAGGACACGGAGGGCAGCUCGGACUCGAACAACUCGCUGCUGGUGAGCGACGGGAACUCGGUGCCGGACAGCAACAGCAGCCGCACCGUCGCGACGCCCGAAUCCCCGGCGCCGCCGCGACCCGACAAGCAACAGCAGCAGACUCCCGGAGAGCACGACCGGAAGAUCGCCUCCCGGGAUCUCGUUGCCGGCAAGGGACAGUCGCGAAUACUCGCCGUCAAGGAGCCGUCGGACGACGAUCUCGAGGCGAGCAGCAGUCCGGACGGCGGGGAAACGUCCUCGGUGAACAACAACGGCAAGCAGUCGUCGCCCACGGCGCCCCCCUCCACGGACAGCGAGCGCCCAGAGGACGAGGACGACGAGGACGAAGACGAGGCCGCGACGAGCCGAGCGACCGCGAGCCCCGAGCCGCCCAACAGCUAACCAGCGGGUACGGCCCCGGCCCGGUACACCCGCGGCUACUCGACCGCGGCCUCGUGACCGCGCGCCCGAACUUUUCCGCAUACGUAGCGUGCACGCGCAUACGUGCACGUGCGUUUAAAAAGCGUCCUUCCAGGAUUAGCGCGGGAGGAGGGACGAGCGCGAGUCCCGCGACUGUGAUUUUAACCUAUUUCCUGCCUCAUCGCGAGAUAGUGUGAGCGAGCGUGACACAGUGAGUGUGAAUGACAGAGAGGACGAAAG